AUUCUCUACGGUCUACGUGCUGAAAAAGUAUAAUAAAAAUUAGUGUUCUUCUUCUUCAACGUGCAAAUCUGCGGAGGUUUAUAAAUUAAAGAUACACUCACUCGCGAAACUCUAUACCUCUCUCUCUCUCUCUCUCUCUCUCUCUGUGCUGUGAACUGCAGUUUCGUGAGGCUUUCGAGGAGAUUUGAUUGCUCCUAAUUGCGAGAGUUAGCAUGGGAAGCAAGGCCAUAAGUCUCGACGACAUUAAGAACGAAGCUGUUGAUUUGGAAAAAGCACCUGUAGAAGAAGUGUUUGAGCAGCUAAAAUGUACGAGAGAUGGACUUACAUCAGAGGAAGGAGAGAGCAGGCUCCAAAUAUUCGGUCUCAACAAAUUGGAGGAGAAAAAGGAGAGCAAGAUCCUCAAGUUUCUAGGGUUCAUGUGGAACCCCUUAUCAUGGGUUAUGGAGGCUGCUGCAUUGAUGGCAAUCGUCCUUGCCAAUGGCGAUCACAGGCCCCCUGAUUGGCAGGAUUUCGUCGGCAUUAUCGCCCUCCUCUUUAUCAACUCCACAAUCAGCUUCAUUGAGGAAAACAAUGCCGGCAAUGCUGCUGCAGCUCUCAUGGCUGGACUUGCUCCCAAAACCAAGGUUCUGAGGGAUGGCCGUUGGACCGAGCAAGAUGCGUCGAUUCUUGUCCCGGGAGACAUCAUAAGCAUAAAGCUAGGAGACAUCAUCCCUGCUGAUGCUCGGCUCCUCGACGGCGAUCCGCUGAAAGUCGACCAAUCCGCCUUAACAGGGGAGUCUCUUCCAGUUACCAAGAACCCGUCCGACGAAGUCUUCUCUGGCUCGACGUGCAAGCAGGGCGAGAUCGAGGCUGUUGUAAUUGCAACAGGCGUGCACACCUUCUUCGGCAAGGCAGCUCAUCUGGUGGACAGCACCAAUCAGGUUGGACACUUUCAGAAGGUCCUCACAGCCAUCGGGAACUUCUGCAUUUGCUCCAUCUUCAUCGGGAUAAUCAUCGAGAUCCUUGUCAUGUACCCGAUACAACACAGGAAGUACCGGGAUGGCAUCGAUAACUUGCUUGUUCUUCUGAUCGGAGGCAUCCCAAUUGCCAUGCCGACGGUCUUGUCUGUUACUAUGGCCAUUGGAUCCCACCGGCUUUCGAAGCAGGGGGCGAUCACAAAAAGGAUGACCGCCAUAGAGGAAAUGGCGGGCAUGGAUGUCCUCUGCAGCGACAAGACGGGGACUCUUACUUUAAACAAACUGACCGUAGAUAAAGGCCUCAUAGAAGUUUUCGACAAGGGAUUGGAUAAAGAGCAGGUGAUCUUGCUUGCUGCCAGGGCUUCAAGAACCGAAAAUCAGGAUGCAAUCGAUGCAGCCAUUGUUGGGAUGCUUGCUGACCCGAUGGAGGCAAGAGCUGGGAUAAGAGAGGUGCAUUUCCUGCCGUUCAACCCCGUUGACAAGAGGACGGCGCUAACUUACAUAGAUUCCUACGGGAAUUGGCAUCGAGCUAGCAAAGGUGCACCCGAGCAGAUACUGAACCUGUGCAAUAGCAAGGAAGAUGUUAGAAGGAGAGUUCAUGGAGUAAUCGACAAUUUCGCCGAACGGGGCCUUCGUUCUUUAGCAGUUGCAAUACAGGAAGUCCCUGAGAAAUCGAAAGAUAGCCCCGGGAAACCAUGGCAGCUUGUUGGCUUGCUACCUUUGUUUGAUCCGCCGAGGCAUGACAGUGCAGACACGAUUAAAAAGGCAUUGAAUCUCGGCGUAAACGUGAAGAUGAUCACAGGUGACCAGCUCGCCAUAGGCAAGGAAACGGGCCGUAGACUCGGAAUGGGAACAAACAUGUACCCAUCUUCAGCGUUGCUAGGCCAAGACAAGGAUGCGGCUCUAGGUGGGCUUCCAGUGGAUGAGCUGAUCGAGAAGGCUGAUGGCUUCGCCGGUGUAUUUCCCGAGCACAAGUACGAAAUCGUGAAGAGACUGCAAGAAAGGAAGCACAUCUGUGGUAUGACUGGCGACGGUGUCAAUGAUGCUCCGGCUUUAAAGAAGGCAGAUAUUGGCAUUGCUGUUGCUGAUGCAACCGAUGCUGCCAGAAGCGCAUCCGACAUUGUGUUGACUGAACCGGGGCUGAGUGUCAUCAUCAGCGCCGUGCUUACCAGCAGGGCUAUUUUCCAGAGAAUGAAAAAUUACACUAUAUAUGCUGUCUCGAUCACCAUCCGUAUUGUGUUUGGCUUCAUGCUCAUUGCUUUAAUAUGGAAAUUCGACUUUGCGCCUUUCAUGGUUCUAAUCAUCGCCAUCCUCAACGAUGGAACCAUCAUGACAAUUUCGAAAGAUCGGGUGAAGCCAUCUCCUGUCCCGGAUAGCUGGAAACUGAAGGAAAUUUUUGCCACGGGGAUUGUGUUGGGAGGGUACUUGGCACUAGGCACAGUGCUGUUCUUUUGGGCAGUGAACGACACCGACUUCUUCUCGGACAAGUUCGGAGUAAGGUCAUUGAGAGAAAGCCCGCGAGAAAUAAUGGCAGCAUUAUACCUGCAAGUGAGCAUUGUGAGCCAAGCCCUCAUUUUUGUGACGCGAUCGCGCAGCUGGUCUUACACCGAACGCCCCGGAAUGAUGCUACUGAGUGCUUUCCUGAUAGCCCAGCUGGUUGCCACUCUGAUAGCUGUGUAUGCCAAUUGGAACUUUGCAAAGAUCAAAGGAUGUGGGUGGGGGUGGGCAGGUGUCAUCUGGCUAUACAGCCUGGUGACAUACUUCCCACUCGACAUCCUCAAAUUCUGCAUUCGAUACGUCCUCAGUGGGAAAGCAUGGGACAAUCUACUGGAGAACAAAACUGCUUUCACUACAAAGUCCAACUAUGGGAAGGAAGAACGUGAAGCUCAGUGGGCGACGGCUCAGCGGACGCUGCACGGGCUUCAUCCUCCGGAGAGUUCGGGGAUGUUCAACGAGAAGAGCAGCUACAGGGAGCUGUCGGAAAUCGCGGAACAGGCAAAACGGCGGGCGGAGGUGGCGAGGCUGAGAGAGCUGCAUACUCUGAAGGGGCAUGUUGAGUCUGUUGUGAAGCUUAAGGGCUUGGACAUCGACACUAUCCAGCAGCACUACACUGUCUGAAAGCAAAGUAAUGCUAUUAAUUUACCAAACUAUUUAUUUAUUUGCUCGUAUACUACUAUGGUAGUUUGUGAGGAGUUCUUCUUCAUGUAAUAGCUGUCGUUGAAACUUAACUGACCUUCUAGAAGGAAACGAAGUUAAAAUC